AUUGGGAAUAAAGAAGCAGGGAUCUCCCAGGAGGAACGUCCAGAGCGGGCACCAGAUUCGCCGUUUGAAGCAACAGAUAGAGAGAAAUGGCGAAUUUCCGUGGAUUUUAUAUACCUUCCUUCGGAGCAACGGUCAACGUCGCCUGGGAGACCUUGAAGGCCGUAUGGCCGGAAAACAGUCCGUGUAUGGAGUUGAUCCGCGGCGGCGGCGGCGGCGGCGGCGGCGGCGGCGGCGGCGGCGGCGGUGGAGGUGAUGGUGGUAUGGGUCAAGGACAUCCCCAAGGCCGAGGUGGUCCAGGCCAGUUCAAGUCGUUCGAGGAAGGUCACGACAACACCGAGAUGAUGACCAUGAACGGGGAUCAGGCGUAUCGAGAUCAAAACACCGUGGAGAUGGCCGAAGACUCCUUUAGUUACCAAAGGAACGGGGAUAAAGUCAGAACCGGAAGUAUGAGCAGCGGAGAAUUCAGCGAGUACGACGAGGGUGGCGGAGAGUUCGGUGGCGCGGGCGUCAAGAUCAACGAAUGGCAGGCCGCUUGGAACGUUACAAAUGCCAUUCAGGGAAUGUUCAUCGUUUCCCUGCCGUUUGCCGUUCUGCGUGGUGGUUACUGGGCGAUUGCCGCUAUGAUUGGUAUCGCGCAUAUCUGCUGCUACACCGGUAAAAUCUUAGUCGAGUGCCUCUACGAGCUGGACACGGUGACGGGUCAACGUGUGCGCGUACGAGAUUCGUACGUGGCCAUCGCCAAGGAAUGCUUCGGGCCGACGUGGGGCGCUCGCGCCGUCAACAUCGCACAGAUCAUCGAGCUGCUGAUGACCUGUAUUCUGUACGUGGUCGUGUGCGGCGAUCUGAUGAUCGGCACCUUUCCCGAGGGCGCGAUCGACACCCGCAGCUGGAUGAUGCUGAUCGGCAUUUUUUUAUUGCCGCUCGGCUUCCUUAAAUCUCUGCAACACGUUUCCGUGCUGAGCUUCUGGUGCACGAUGUCUCACCUCUUCAUCAACGCGAUCAUCAUCGGUUACUGUAUCCUGGAGAUUGGUGACUGGGGCUGGUCGAAGGUGAAGUGGACGAUCGACAUGGAGAAUUUCCCGAUCUCGCUCGGCGUAAUCGUCUUCAGCUACACGUCGCAGAUCUUCCUGCCGACCCUCGAGGGCAAUCUCAUUGAUCGCUCCAAGUUCGAUUGGAUGUUGAACUGGAGUCACAUCGCCGCGGCCGCGUUUAAAUCGCUCUUCGGCUGGAUCUGCUUCCUGACCUUCCAAAACGACACGCAGCAGGUGAUCACGAACAACCUGCACUCAGCCGGUUUCAAGGGUCUGGUGAAUCUGUGCCUGGUGGUCAAAGCGGUGCUCUCGUAUCCGUUGCCGUAUUACGCAGCCUGCGAACUCCUGGAGCGCGCCUUCUUCCGCGGUCGGCCAAAAACGAUUUUCCCGACUAUCUGGACGGUGGAUCGCGAGCUCAAAGUCUGGGGUCUGGCCUGGCGAGUCGGCGUGAUCGUGUUCACCAUUCUGAUGGCAAUCUUCAUACCGCACUUUAGCAUACUAAUGGGUUUCAUCGGCUCUUUCACCGGUACCAUGCUCUCGUUCAUUUGGCCCUGCUACUUCCAUCUGAAGCUGAAGAGAAACUCGAUGGAGUGGAGCGCCGUUGCGUAUGACUGCUUCGUCAUCUUUCUCGGUAUUCUCUUUGCUAUAAUCGGCGUCUAUGAUUCCGGCUCCGCGUUGAUCAAUGCCUUCGAGAUCGGUCUGCCCUUCUAAGUGAUCUCGCAUCAGCUAGGUCAUCUUGUUAUUUUUGUCUUGCACCAAAAUGAUAAGGAAAUCGCUCUCGGAUCGCCGAAAUAUUUGACUCUCGAUUCUAACAUAUUGCUCAGUAUUUGUGCAAUAAUUGCUGACACAUGCAGGAGACUACGUAGAAUUCGGAACACAUACUCCGAAGUAAUAAUAGAACUUUGUGCUUUGAAGAAACUAGAAAGCUUUCUGGAUAAUAAUACUUGUCUUACAAAGUGUGCUGAACUAAGAAAACGUAUAUUAUCACAUGAGAUUCCUCUCAGCUAUGAAUGCCAUUUCAUGAAAUUUCUUAUAAAAGAUGUCUCUAUGUUUGAAACAUAUCAGUGAAUCGUGAAUCAAAUAUUUCACAUGCUCGAAGGCGAUUAAUUAGUAUGAGAAUUUUGCAUUACAUGUACCUACACCAUUCCUUGCCACAUCAUUUUAUCGUCUUUUUUUUUUACAAAGUGGCGUUUGCGCGCAGUUACAUUUCUUUAACGAUCAAAUGAUCAAAAAAUGCAAACGUCAUACGAUUCAUUUCCUUCACUAUGGUAACUUUGAGCGAUCUAUUUUUAGAAAUAUGAAUCAAAAUUAGACAAGAACGUACUAUUUUCUAAAGAUAAUUACAAUAUUCUCUUUCGGAGCAGGAACUGUUGGCUGACACUAGAAAGCGUUUUAAAAUUUCGUUGUACAUUUCAAUCCGGAUUGCAACGCGAAGAAUUAUCCGUCUUCCGAUUUGUUUUCCAUUCGGGAAGCCUGUAGAGAAAAUAAGAGAUCUAACGCGCACUGAAUGUGAUAAUAAAGCGCGCCUGACGAUGUCUUCCAUGAUGCAGCAACAAACAGAGCGCAGCCUAACUAGUAGUUGACUACUGUUACAGUUUUCUGGAUUUUAUAAUUGUAUUGCUGCGAAGUUAUACCCGUAUAUAAUUUUUAUGCGACGCGUUGAAUUGCGAGUCGCGACGACGGGACGCGCGGCGAUUAAUUAAUCUUGAUUACGAUUUCGUCACGCUACAUUAGCGAUAGCUGUUCAGUCAAAAUGACGAAUCUAUCAGAUACCAACUUUGGAGUAGCCUGCUGUGCCGUCCCGUCGCCGUAUAAACGAGACGCAAAACGAUGCGUGAACAGUUAUGUACAACCGAGUACAAUUAGUUGUAUAAUCCAACGUCUUCCAAGAUCGUAUAGAUCACACGUUAGUUUAAGGAGUAUAGAUAACGUAGUCGUUUCGUGAAGCUGCAGAAUGCUGCGAUGACUCAACAAGUUUUAUAUAUUUAUUUUAUGUAGAUGAUUAAGUACACACGGUGUAAUAACUUUUUGGACUCACAAAUCAUUAAGUUUGUAAAUUUUGAAUUUCAACAUCCACGGAUCUUUAAUAUAAUGUUUAACAAUGUGGAUAUUUAAUUUUAUAGAUCUUUGGAUUUCCAAAUUAGAGAGAUUUGUUAAUCUAUAAGUUCUUUCGUAUCUUUUAAAUCAAAUAUUACUUUUAAAAAUCUUUAACUCUACAGAUCUUUUAUUCUUUUUCGAGGUCAUAUUCACGUGCAUUCUGCAGACAUGGAAAAUUUGCAGACUAAUUAAAAUGCGUAAUAACUGCGUCUUCCAAUAAUGAAAUAAGUCUUCCAAUAAUGAAACGAGUCUUCCAAUAAUGAAACGAGUCUUCCAAUAAUGUCUCCCAGAAUGAUAUUGAUGAAAAACAAUAUUAUAUUACUAUAUAUGAUAAUGAUGUAUGUAUUACUAUUUAUUGAGCAAAGGUCUUUGUCGGAUAUGAUAUUAAGCAUUAUAUUGAGAGUUGUAGAUGUUAAGAGUUAACUCGUAAGGCUAUGGUCAAGCAUAAUUGAUGUUUCAUCAAUGAAUAUAUCAUAUCAAUGAAUAUAUCAAUGAGACAUAAUGUAAGUAAAAAAUCACGCUGUUCACGAAAUCAAUUUAGAUUGUUAACGAGGGAUCAUCUUACUUCUUUAUAUCAACAAUAAUUACAAAAAGUGAUUGAGUGAGAAUUAUGUUGGGGAAUCUUCUCUUCGUGAUUAUGAGACAAUGAUGGAUUGGAUAAUAUCUGUUAUAUAAAACUUAAUUUUUGCGUUUUGAUAUAUUGUUAUCAUUCUGAGAGAAAAAUAGAAUACGAUGUAAAAUUCGUCAUAGAUUCAAAAGAGAAGCUGUAGAUUGGACUAUUGAAACUAAUCACGAAGAGAUAUAUCGAGGACUGAUGUCUUAAAACAAACAAGUAUAGGCUUUUAACAUGCUUUUGCAGAAAUACCCAUAUUUUGCAGCGUUUCGAGAAGAAUAAACUUCAUCGGUGUUAUGUAGGCAGAAUAUACCUAUAAACGUUAUAAAAUGAUGUAAAGCGGCCUCCAUAUUAUGACAAAUAUGAAAAUACAUUAUCCGUAUAAGUACGAGGAAUGAUAAUAUAUUAACAAAAUUUUAUAGAUGUAUACUUCACUUAGUACUUUACCCGGUAAUAUUUAUUUCUUUAAAGAAUUAUUACAAUUUGUUUCCAGAACUACAUUAAAUUUCGUUUCAAAGUUUUUUCGCUUAUUCGGACGCAUUUAUUUGCGAGGGAAAAGGAUAUUGAAGAGAUAUUUCGUCAGUCAAUAAUUAGAUUUAUUAACAAUGCUUUAUUACUAUCUGUCACAUUAGAAUAAUCUCAGAAAUGCAAAAACUAUGAUUGAAAGUAAUAGAACUGUGGAGGCUUGAAAUUUCAAACAUUGGAUAUGGCAUCAUCACUUUUUUUAAAUAAAGAAAUAAAAAAAAAGAUUUAUAUAAUUAUAUAAUAAACUGAACAAAUCUGUUUCGAAAAAAUACUCUGAAGAAAAAUCUUUCAGGUCUCUCACUUAUACACUGUCGUCAUUUUUGACGAGUCUAAUUACUAUCUCUAUGAUAUACGAAAUAUAAAAAAUUAAUACUCGAAUGUGUGCGUAUAUAUUCUAUAUGAUUUUAUUUCUUUAAAGUAAUAACAACUAACAAUAAUUAAUUCAAGACAUGAUUUUAAUCACAUGAGCCUCCAAAAGUCAUCUAAUAAUCUGUCAACGAAUCGUCACAAGCACAACGAGAGAAA